UCCUCGGUGGUUACAGCGGCAAUGGUGGCACCGGCUACAGAGACCGUGACGAUGGAGGCGGCCGCAAUGGUGGCGGUGGGUGCCAGGACCGCGGCGUUGGCUUCAAUGGUUUCGGCGGACAUGAAAAUGAAAUGAAAACUGACGUGGCAGCCCGUCAGGUAAUCAGGUUCCGCGCUUGACUGAAACUUUUGAAGCGACUUGCUUCUGGGCUGAGACCACGCGCGGUGCCGCCGUGCCGGAGGCUCCCCUCGAUGCUCUCCUCCGCCGUCAGGCACGGGCUCAAACGGCGAUUCCGUCCUCUUGCCUCGCCAGCAAAGGCUCCCGCUUCCCCUUCCGCGGCGCAUCGCCGAAGCUCUCAUGCGGACGCCUCGCCCGCCUCGCACGCGUCGCUGCUCCUCCGGCUGCGGUCGGGCCCCGCCCUCGCCGAGACCCGGCGGCUGCACGCCGCGGUGCUCGUCGGCGGCCAUCACCACGGCGCGGUCCUCUCCGCUCAGCUGGUGCACGUGUACUCUAAGCUCGGGCAGAUCGAGCACGCGCUUCGCCUGCUCGACGGAAUGCCCAGGAGGAACUCCUUCGCGUGGAACGCCGCGAUCAAGGGCCUCGUCGACGCGGAACGGUUCUCCGAGGCGCUGGAGACGUACCGGGCGAUGGUCGACGAUGGCUCGGUUGCGGCGGAUGGUUUCACGUGCCCGCCCGUCAUCAAGGCGUGCGCCGCGCUCGGAGCGGUUGAUCAGGGCCGGAUGAUCAGAGAGCAUGUGGAGGCAUCCGUUGCCUGUGGCGACACUAUGCCCAACGUGUUUGUGCAGUGCGCGCUCGUGGACAUGUUUGCCAAGUGUGGGUGCUUGGGCGAGGCGAGGAGUGUUUUCGAGAGCAUGCAGCAAAGGGAUGUGGCCGCGUGGACUGCGAUGAUCGGAGGAGCCGUGCAUGCAGGAGAUUGGCUCGAUGCGAUGUGUUUGUUUAAUAGGAUGAGAUCAGAAGGGUUCCGGGCUGAUUCGGUGAUCGUUGCCACUGUCAUCCCAGCAUGUGGCAGGAUGAAAGAGUUGCGAGCUGGAACGGCGUUGCAUGGAUGCGCGGUAAGAUGUGGAGUUGCUGAUGAUAACUGUGUUUCUAAUGCUCUGGUUGAUAUGUACUGCAAGUGUGGCUGUCUGGAGAUGGCUGAUUACUUGUUCCGUUCUAUCGAUUUCAAGGAUGUCGUCUCUUGGAGUACAUUGAUUGCGGGGUAUUCGCAGAAUGGAAUGUAUCAUGCGAGUGUCAGUUUGUUUACUGAAAUGGUUGCUUCAAGGUUAAAACCAAAUUCCAAUACCAUGGCAGGUAUACUUCCGAGUCUUUCCGGCCUUAAGUUAUUCAGGCAUGGAAAAGAGGUCCAUGGCUUCUCCUUAAGACAUGGACUUGACCAGAGCAAGUUUCUAGGGAGUGCAUUUAUUGACUUCUACAGUAGACAAGGAUUCAUAAGGGAGGCAGGAACUGUAUUUGAACUCAUUCCAAAGAAAGAUUUGGUUAUAUGGAAUUCAGUGGUUGCAGCUUAUUGCGUGAAUGGGGAUACAGAUUCUGCACUGUGUGCAUUUAGGGCGCUGCAGAAAGCAGGAUUUAAACCUGAUCAUGUGACUGUUAUUUCACUUCUUCCAGUAUGCAAUCACCAUUCCAGCUUCAUCCAGGGUAAGGCACUACAUGCUUACGUAAUUAGGCAUGAUAUGAGUUCUAUCUGCUCAGUCAGUAACGCACUUAUAGAUAUGUACUGCAAAUGUUGUUGCCUAGAAAAGGGCAAAGAGAUUUUCCAGCUGAUGACAGAGCGAGAUACUGCCACAUAUAAUACAUUGAUUUCUUCUUUGGGAAAGCAUGGCCAUGAAGAUCAAGCCAUAAUGUUAUUUGAUCAAAUGAAGAGAGAUGGAAUUGCUCCUGACAAAGUCACUUUUGUGGCUCUAUUAUCUUGUUGCAGUCAUGCAGGCCUUACUGAGCAGGGCUUGCACUUUUACGAUUCCAUGUUACAAGACUACAACAUUUCCCCAGAUAAGGAGCAUUACUCAUGUGUUGUUGAUCUUUACAGCAGAUCUGGGAAACUUGACGAUGCUUGGAAGUUCAUUUCAAGUUUGAGGGAAGGGACAGAAAUAGAUAUUCUUGGAUGCCUCUUGGCGGCUUGCAGAGUGCAUAACAGAAUGGAUAUUGCUGAGCUAGUUGCAAAAAGAAUAUUUGAAAAGAACCCCGGUGAUCCUGGCUAUCAUAUUUUGCUGUCCAAUAUAUAUGCUGAUGCUGGAAUGUGGUCUGAUGUGACGAAGAUCAGAACCAUAAUAGAAGAGAGGAGUUUGAAGAAUAAAAUAGGAAACAGUUUGAUUUAAGUUGCUCAGACCCUAAGUUAUGGAUCACAUAUAUUAAUCAGUGUUUUACUAAACCAAGAGAACCACUAAUGGUUUGGUUAGGAAAAUACACCUGAAUAGGCGUUCCAAAAAUGUCAGGCUGUCAUCUAUACUGCCAAUAUUCAGAACUUGAGGAAAAACCUUAUGGUUAAUUUGUUCCAUAUGAUGGAUAUAGAAUACAAGUUUAUAACUGCUGAUGUGCACAGAUAAUGUCGAGCCUGUGGGAAGGUAUGUCAGAGAAACAGCUACUGUCUUCAGCAAGCUCUUAGAAGAUUUUCUUCAUAGGAAACAAUUCCAUAUCUGUGGAUACAGGCGAAUAAAAGUGUUCGGAAGAAACAGCAACAACCCAGUCCAAGUUUGACGUUCAGAACUCCAGAUAUUGAUGUUUGAUAAGAAAAUGUGGGGGCUAUGCAUAUUGGAUUUUGAGGGCAAAAUCAGAAGCCCUUCUGGUAACUAUCUGAAUUAACAAAUGAUCCUUUAAAAUAUCAGUUUUACCAUGAUUCCGAAGCUUGUUCACCAGAGACGCGGCAACUAGAUCAGACGACACAUAGGCCAGGCAUCUAAAUGUAGUCUCUCUCGUCACAGGGUUCAGCGUACUGCAAAGCAUGCUCGUGCUUAAAUCUCUUCAUCUGUUGCUAUCAUACAGCAGCGACAAUGUUUCCAUCAAAUAGCGCCAAAAGCAGAAAGAAUAAAGGGGAUUACAUAAAGCAUUCAGAUUUCUUUUCUGAUUCAAGGUACGAGUACAUGCACAAGGAUAAUCAAUCAGUGGAAUUGUUGAGCCUAGGCAAAAGAGUGGGCUCACUGCAUGUCUACAUCAGAUAGUGGAUGGCCUGCCUAUCUGAUUGUUGCUGCCGUCUGAAGUAUGUGCAGAGGACAACAAGUCGGUCUAUCAUUACAGCUUUUGUUAUAUCCAUUCUGUUUCCUGGAAUUGGUGGGACAAGAGGCUGCUAACUCACUGACUUUAUGUGCGAGGCGGCGAUGCACGCGGAUGCUCCGACUACGCCCGGUUUGACAUACUUCCUAUCGUUACAUUCUUUUUGAAGCAGAAACGCCGCGUUUGAUCAUAUUACUUGUUUCUGGAGAGCUGUAUCUUGUAUGGCACCACUGUUUAAGAAGAGCUUCUGUGACUUUUCAUCUCUUGAAAUGCUUUCAUGGCUCAACUAGUGAUCUCUCCCAGGACUAAAGCACUGUGUUUUUCCAUCUGUUAUUGUUCGACGCCCUUUGCAACUUGGUUCCUUAUAUGGUGUAAGGUUUGACAGGUUGACUUGCAAGAUCCAAGAAAGUAAUGAAAGCAAGUGGGCAUCGUUAUCCUAUCCAGGUCACAUCUGCACACCAACUCUGAACAUUCCAAUGGCCGGUAUGAUUUGGGCCACCUGCCUUCCUGCAACGAUAACUAUCUCCCGCCACAGAAUCUGGGCUUCGAGGAUGGAGCUUGAAUUGAAUGAGUGGAUAUAGAAGGCAAGUUUGUAACUGCUGAUGUGCACAGAUAAUGUUGAGCUUGGGGGAGAUUAUGUCAGAGAAAUAUCUACUGUCUUCAGCAAGCUCUUAGAAGAUUUUCUUCAAAGGAAACAACUCCAUAUCUGUGGAUACAGGCGAGUAAAAGGAUUGUUUUCAUGACUUCACCAAGUACUCUAUUACUGUAAUGCACAGCUGUUGGCAUCAUAAAUCGUUUAUCAAGAAACAAAAUGAUACUUUUGAACUCAGUAUUCGGAAGAAACAGCAACAAUGCAGUCCUAGUUUGACGUCCAGAACUCCAGAUGUUGAUGUUUGCGAAGAAAAUAUGGAGCUAUGCAUAUUGUAUUUUGAGGGUAAAAUCAGAAGCCCUUCUGACGCGGCAACUAGAUCAGGCGACACAUAGGCCAGGCAUCUAAAUGUAGUCUCUCUCGUCACAGGGUUCAUCAUACUACAAAGUAUGUUCAUGCCUAAAUCUCUUCAUUGCUAUCAUACAGCAGCUACAAUGUUUCCAUCAAAUAGUGCCAAAAGCAGAAAGAAUAAAGUGGAUUACGUCAAGCAUUCAGAUUUCUCUUCUUAUUCAAGGAAUCGGUGGGACAAGAGGCUGCUAACUUACUGACUUUUAUGUCCAUGGCGGCGAUGCAUGCCGAUGCUUCUGGAGAGCUGGGUACACCCGUUUGACAUACUUCCUAUCGUUUCUUACUUUUGAACUCAGAAACGUCGCUGUUUGAUCUUAUUACUUGUUUCUGGAGAGUUGUACUCCCUCUGUAAAGAAAUAUAAGAGUGUUUAAAUCACUACUUUAGUUUCUUACGGAGGGAGUAUCUUGUACGACCCACUGUUCAAGUAGAGCUUCUGUGACUCAUCUCUUGAAGUGAUUUCGUGGAUCAACUAGUGAUGUCUUCAAGGACUAAGCAGACUAAAUCACUGUGUUUUCCACUGCUGUUGUUUUAUCGCCAUUUGUUAAUUUAUUUUGUUCCUUAUGGUGUAAGGUUGACAGGUUGACUUGCAAGAUCCAAGAGAGAAGUGAAAGCAAAUUGGGCAUCAUUAUCCAAUCCAGGUCACAUCUGCACACCAACUCCGAAAGUUCCAAUGGCCGGUAUGAUUUGGGCCACCUACCUUCCUGCAAUGGGCUUCGGGAAUGUAGCUUGAAUGAGUGGCACGCCCAUCCAUGUGGGCAGGGCAGAUGAGGACGAUCUCCUGAUUAUGAGCGAGAGGAGGGGGGAGGGGUGCUGCUGCAAGAGACACACAGGCUUGGACGUUUGCUUGAUCUGAUGAUUCAUUGGCUCAUGACUUGUGCAGUAGCCAAUAGGGGUCUGUCCUGGCCCCAUUCAUGGGCAAUGGCUUGGCGUGCAGCAGCUGCUGCAGCAGGGUAUCCACAUGCUCCGAUACCACCACUUCGGCGUUUGAAAUUGUGCUACUAGGUCCAUUCCACAUUGUGUUGAUUUGAUCCUACUCUGUGAAGACGGGUCAGGGCUAGUUUAGUACUGCAUAUGGCCUGGCCUGAAUGCCAUUAUGUAGUUUAUUAUGUUCUGUUUUCUAGUUGUAUGUUCUGGUCUGGGUGAACUGGGGGUGCUGGGUUGAUGGUGGUUUUAGCUAAUGCCCUACACAAACUGAACGUGUCAACAAAAAAUUGAACUAGCCCAGACCUACCAGUAAACAUCAUAUAUGAAUGUCAACUGAUACUACUGCUAAAAGCAACACCAUUUCAUUCUUUCAGCCCUGCAGGCAAGGCAUCUAAGACUUUUGAGUUAGAGAACAUGUCAAGGCAUCAAAAAAUCGAUCCUCCAGGUAUGCGUUUUACUUUAGUCCCCAUUCCAGGUCAGCCGUUCAACCGUCCUCUAGAUCUACGAGAACAUGCUGUGGGAUAAACAGCCCUCGCUGUUCCGAUCCCUCGGAGUAUUUAACAAAAAACUACCACAAUUCGUGGAAUCGUGCCUACAAACUACCACUUUACAAAUUUGUACAGAAAACUACCACUUUUGUUUUAAUCUUUGUCUAAAAACUACCAAGUCAGAAAAGUGGCUGAUUCAGAUUGUUUAAGCGUGAUUAUAACAUGUUGGGCCCACCUGUCGGGGCUGAAAAAGUCAACCCCGUUACUUUGACCGUUAACAUGUGGGGCCCACACAUCAGUUCUUUCUUCUUCCUCUAAAAUUCCCUAUCUUCCUCUAAAAUUCCCCACGGAGAUCUCGGGUGGCUUUCAAUGGCAGGCAAAUUGAUCUAGCUAGCUCUAAUAGCCAGGCUCCAAUCGACUUUUACUUAGGACGAAUCGAGCUAGCAAGCUCCAAUUUCCUCGAUGUAAAAUCGCGGCCGAACAUGCAGCCGGGCGUGAAGGGCGGAAGGACCAGCCGCAGAACUCCCGGCCUUGGCCAUGGCGCGCGCGGUCGUCGCAGAUGACCACGGAUCCGUCCGCCGCCACGACCCAGGACAGCUCGGCCGGAGGCGCAAAUGCCAGCUUCAAGCGCGGCGGCAGCCAUGGCCAGGUCGCGGAGGCCAGCGCGCAGCCAUGGCCAGCCCGCCCGGAAUGGAAGCUCGCGCGGAGGCCAGCUUCGAGCGCGGCGGUCGCCGUCGAGCUCGCCCGGCGACGCGGAGUCUAGCCAGCGCGACGGCUAGCUUGCUCGGCGGUGCGGCGGCAGCUCGCCCACCGCCGGCCAGGCGACACUACGCAUACAAGGUGUUUGUAGAAAUGUCCCAGUGAACACAUGGGUCCCAUCUGUCAUAACGGUCACAUAAUGGUCAAUCUAGCGGGGUUGACUAUUAUUAUCAUGUCAACGCUUACAUGUGGGCCAGCCCUGUCAUAAUCACGCUUAAACGAGUCGAACCGGCCACUUUUCUGGCUUGGUAGUUUUUAGGCAAAGAUUAGAACAGAAAUGGUAGGUUUCCGCAUAAAUUUGUAUAGUGGUAGUUUAUCGGCACGGUUCCACGAAUUGUGGUAGUUUUUUGUUAAAUACUCGAUCCCUCGCAAUAACGCGGAGCUUAGCUCAUCUCAGUUGUCACGAACUCACGAUUCGCUACAAGAAAGAAUAGCGUCUAACAAGUGGUCUCCAGUUUUAGCAGCCCGGCCUCGGCCUCUUGCAUGAUUGACGGAGCUUCGGACCAUUCCGGAGGAAACAGGCCAUGGACCCCUUGUACAGCUACUGCACUACGUAAUGACAUGAUCGCACUAAGCACUAAGAACUAAUAAUGUCCCGUCAGUCCAAAAGAGAUCUUGCCGGUGCACCCACCCCGGAUGCCUGCUCUGCUCUCGCUCUGUGGCAUGAUGAGGGCUUUUCGUGCGUGUGUCCGGUAGACGUUGCUGUCAUGCCAACUCGUUCCGUUUCAAAGGCGAACAAGGUGGUGGGUUGUUUACCAUUGUUGCCCUUGUUUCCCGCUUCGGUUUUCUUGGAAGUGCAUGGCGACGUUGCUUCUUGAGCAGUCAAAUUUGGCUGAGAUAGAGUACUACAAGGAGUGACCGAGUGAGUCCAGAUAACCUUCAACGUUAAGUUGGAAGGCGCGUCCAUGCAGAGAAAGCGGGCACGGAGCCACGCGGGUCGGCGCCGGCCGUUGGAGCCGAACCAACAGCGAAGCGGGCGCGCGACCGCACGAGGGCACCGCCGUAGCAUCCGAUUCUUCCCACAUGAUCCAACCCCCCUGGCUGGCGCUCGGCUCGUGGGAGCAUCAUCCCGCGCCCGCACCGCCGCACGAGCCGGGCACGUAACGUAACCUCGCCAACCGUCGCCCUCUCCCCGUUGCCUCGCCGUCUUUAUAAUCUCGGGCUCGUCUGCGCAUCACACACCACCGCCACAUCACUCUACUCCACCUACCUUUCUCGCGCUCCUUGUUCACAUCAUCUCCCUUGCCUUGGCUUUCCCUUCGACGCUUCGAGAGAGAGAGAGAGAGAGAGAGAGAGAGAGAGAGAGAAGGAAGGAAGAAGAUGGCGGACGAGGGGACCGCCAAC